AUGGCUCCCUGGUACCAACCUCUCAAGAGCCCUGUCUUCCUAUGCGGCGUCAUCGUCAACGCCAUGCUCGCCUUCUUCUUGCUCUGGGCAACCAGGAGCGGUAGCCCCCGGGUCUGGCUGCCAAUCGUUAUCGCCAUGAUUGGCGUGGGCACCUUUCAA